AUGUGCGGUGAAAACAAGGGAGGCCAACUGUUGUGCUGUGCCAUCUGUCACAAAACGUUGCAUCCCGAAUGCACUGCUCUCCCGGAACACGUCGUCCAUAUUGCGCUGAAUUAUAAGUGGAGUUGCAUUGAUUGCAAAAAAUGUACGGUGUGCGAAAAACCGGAUAAUGAAGCUGCGAUGUUAUUUUGUGAUCGCUGUGACCGUGGCUAUCAUACAUACUGUGUUGGCCUAUUGAGUCCGCCAAGUGGUACAUGGAUUUGUACCAACUUUUGUGCAGAUCAUCUCGAACAUUUAGAGGAAACGUAG